AUGUCCGAGCGCAAGCAAGACCAUUGGUCUAGCACUUUGGCCGACUGCCAGACUCAUGCCGUGGACAAGGUGGUUUACAUCGGCCACGAGCAGCCGAUUGAAGUCUUUCGAGCAAAGCUCCCGAUCGGCCGCAAGCAGUGGAAGCUCUGGAUCUUGCAGCGCUCCGCCCUCGCGCGGUGGCCCAAGAAGAUCAUCAUUCCGACGAAGAUCUUCAUGGACGAGGACGAAAUUACUGAGAAGAUCAAGAACACAGACAUCCCGGACGAUGUGGAUGCCACGUAUAAUGUAGGUGGCAUCCACAUCGUCCGGGAUGCAUAUUAUGCAGUCCGAGGAUGGGGCGCGCACCUUUUUUUCCUGGAGGGACGUGAUGGCGACGCCACCACAUCCCUCCAGGAAAAAAAGGGCGAGCAAGUUUAA